AUGACUAUAGACACCUGGCGAGCAUGGGCCAUCUACCUGGUCUUAGCUGCAAACCUCUCUGAAGAGCAAGCACUGAAGCAGGCUUGUCCUUCAUGUGAUGCCACUCAGCUUUGCAACUGCUCUUCCAUGGGCUUGAACUUUAUUCCCUCAGGGCUCACGGGCAAAAUCACGGUGUUAAACCUGGCCCACAACAGGAUAGAGCACAUCCGAUCCCAGGAUCUGCAGCAGGCUGUGAACUUGAGAGCUCUGCUGCUGCAGUCCAAUGAAAUCAGCUCAAUAGAUGAGGACUCGUUUCGCUCCCUUGGGAAACUGGAGCUCUUGGACUUAUCAAAUAACAGCUUGGCUCACUUGUCCCCUGCAUGGUUUGGGCACCUUUUCUCACUCCAGCAUCUCCACCUUCAAGGGAACUCCUACAGAGACCUGGGGGAAAGCUCUCCCUUUUCUAAGCUGAGGAACCUGAGCUCUCUCCACCUGGGCAACCCAUGGUUCUCCACGAUAAGGCAAGGAAACUUUGAGGGUGUUGCGGUUCUCGACAAGUUGUGGAUUGACGGUGGCAAUCUCAGUUGGUACGAGCCAGGAAGUCUGAAACCAAUUAAGAAGAUAGAUCACAUGAUCAUAAACCUAAGAAAUAUUUCUGCAUUCUCAGCAAUUGUGAGGGACCUUGUGCAUUCUGUCAUUUGGUUAGAAGUGAGAAAAAUAGAGUUCAGUGUACCUGCUGAAAUGCAACUAUUGACAGUCAUGUCAUCUUCUUUUGCAAAGAAAAUUACUUUUAGACAGGUCUUGCUAGCAGAUGCUACUGUGCCUGAGAUUGUCAGCAUUUUAGAAGACAUGCCAAAAUUAGUGGAGUUGGAGAUGAUAGACUGUAGACUGUCAGGAACUGGACGAUGGAAAAUACAAAUUCACGCAAACCAAUCACAGACUCUUAGAGUUCUGACAAUAGAGACAUUAUCUAUAGAAGAAUUUUAUUUGUUUACAGAUCUUAAGGCUGUGGAAAGUCUACUAUCUCCUCUUACCAAGGUCACUGUUCAAAACACCAAAGUCUUUCUGGUACCAUGCAGCCUUUCGCAACACCUUCUAUCAUUAGAGUAUCUUGACCUUAGUGCAAAUUUGCUUGGAGACCAGAGCUUGGAGCAUUCGGCCUGUCAGGAUGGUUGGCCCUCACUACAAACUCUAAAUUUAAGUCAGAAUUCACUGACUGACUUAGAAAUGACGGGUAAAAGUUUGUCUCAUCUAAGAAACCUAGUUAUCUUAGACAUUAGCCAAAAUAAUUUUGGUGAGAUUCCAGAUGCGUGUGAAUGGCCCAAAACCCUGAAAUAC